CAUCAAGUAUCAUUUUGCAUAUUAAUAAUUAUUAAGUAUCGCCUACCAUUAGGCUCGUGACCAGCUUAUAUAACCACGGACAAGCCCAACCACUUAGUACUUAAUAUAUCUCAGACUUAGUACUAAGUAAAGACCAGUUACGAGUCGUCCACCAUAAAGUUAUCAUUCGUCCAGUCGUUUUCUAUUCCCGAUGUUCUCAGAUGAGCUCAAGACGUUCCGUCGACUAGGAUUCCGACACUUUCUGCUCCAAAUUCUCAACUUCGCCUCUGUCAUUGCAUCUGGCCUCAUGCUAUGGAAAGGCCUUGGCCUGAUUCUGAACACAGAAUCUCCAAUUGUCGUUGUCCUCAGUGGCUCAAUGGAACCGGCGUUUUACCGUGGCGACCUUCUUUUUCUUACGAACCCCCCAGGCCAACGCUACCAUACGGGUGAUAUAACAGUAUACAGGAUCCCUGGCGCCGAAAUACCCAUCGUGCACCGCGUCCUGGAGACCCGGGAUAUUUUCAUCCCAUUUGACAAUUCUACGGAGAACCGCAUCGUCAACAACAAACUGGCCAAACUCAAACUACCUCCCGGGGAACAUCAAUUGAUGCUCACCAAAGGCGACAACAAUCAUGUCGAUGACAUCGACCUCUACCGGGGCCUUGAAUGGCUCGACCGAAGACAUAUCAUUGGCAAAGUUCGCGGGUUUCUUCCGUACAUCGGCUACGUGACGAUUGCCAUGAAUGAUUUCCCACAACUUAAAUACGCACUUCUCGGAGGUCUUGGGCUCUUAGCUGUCAUACAACGGGAGUAAAAAUCCCUGAGGAGAGAGGGCCUUUACGCAGCAAAUUCGUGUUGCUUAUUUCAUGUAUGGUGACGGCACGCGCGCGAAAUAGCAACAGUCACCUCGAUUGGCGACGUUCAACAUCAUGAUAUCUGAUUCCGCAAGGAGGUGACACUUCGAACACGUGUCUCCCAGGUCGACGAAUCUAACUCCAAUAUUGAAAGUAUCUAGGCAAUGCGUCGCA